AUGUGCCUGCUCCUCAACUUCGUCCACAAGCUUCACCAACCGGACUGUCCCCCUUGGAAGAGCUGGUUCCUCCGCAGCAUCAGGGGGGACGUUGGCGACUGCUCUUCGGCUCCUUCCUUCCUCGAGGUCAUCGUCCGCCGGGGGCUCCCCACGUACAGGGCCAUCACCCGUGUGGCGCUUGGGGACGGGCGCACUACCUCCUUCUGGCAUGACCGCUGGUGCCCCGGUGGUGCUCUCUGCUUCGAGUACGCGGCGCUCUUCUCCUACUCCACGCGCCCCAACGCCUCCGUGGCGGCGGUCGCCCUCGACGGUCUUCAUCUUCAGAGACGCCUCUCCUCUGUAGCUGCUUCUCAGCUGGGAGAGGUCCGGGCUCUCAUCCGUGCCCUGCAGCUUGGUGACACUCCGGACCGCCGGUUCAUGGCUUGGGGCGAGGACCUAGCGUUCAGCUCACGCGCUGCGUUUCGGGUUCUCUCCUCCAAUGGAGUGCUCUGUCAGACCUCCAUCGACAUUUGGUGCUCCAAACUUCCCAGGAAGAUCAAGAUCUUCGCUUGCUUGCUGGCUCGUGACCGCCUCAGCACGCGUGUGAACCUGUUCGCGAAGAACUGCGCCCCCUCUAGUAUGUGUGCCUCCUGCUCCGCGGAGGAGACUGCUGUGCAUAUUUUCACCUCGUGCGCGCGCGCAGCCUCCACCUGGCGCCGCCUUGGACUGGGCCCCUUCGACUCGGUUGGCGGGAUUCUCUCCUCGCCCCCGGGAGCUCCGACCUCGCCUCCGCUCUGGAAGGACGGGCUCCUAGUGCUGCUUUGGCAGAUCUGGAAAGCCCGGAACAACGCCACGUUCAACGGCGUCGACCGCGACGUUGGCGACAUCCUCUCCAGAACUGCGGACGACAUCAUGCUCUGGAGCCGCCGUUACAACGCUCCUGAUCGCGCGCUGUUCCUGGAGACGCAUGGAUCGAUUGGUUCAUGGGUUGAAAGAGAGGGCGAAAGAGCAGAAUACUCCGGGCCACAACUUCCGGAGGACAUCUGGUGUCAUAUACAUUCCCUACUACCAAUGCGAGAUGCUGCCCGAGCUGCUUGCGUGUCUCGUGCCUUUCUAAGUUUAUGGAGAUGCCAUCCAAAUCUUACAUUCAGUAUGGAAGCACUGGGCAUGAAUAUGAAUCCGUGUGGAGAGGAUGAAAUAGGAAAUUUCACCAAAAAAGUUGACCGCAUCUUAAAAAACCGCUCACGCACUGGUGUGAAGACACUCAGGAUUGUUUUCCGUUAUUCCAAUGCUAUGGUCAGCAAUGUUGAUAGGUGGCUUCAGACAGCUGUUACACCUGGGAUUGAAGAACUCACUGUUCAGCUUACACCCGGGAUUGAAGAACUCACUGUUCAGCUUACACCUGGGAUUGAAGAACUCACUGUUCAGCUAUCUUCAGCAUCGGGACCAUACUACAACUUCCCAUGGUCUCUUUUAGCUAAUGGGAAUGGAAACUCGAUGCAGCGUCUACACCUUUCCCAUUGUGUUUUCUCUCCCAGCGUUGAACUUGGCUUGAAAAACAUGACAAGGCUUGAUUUGUGUUAUGUCAGUAUCACAGAGGAGCAGCUGGGGUGCCUUCUUCACAAUUGCUUUGUUCUCCAAUGGAUGCGACUCUCACAAUGCAGUCCGCUAACUUGCCUUAAGAUUCCGUUCCAUCUGCAACAGCUCAGAUACCUGAAGGUGUUUGAAUGCAGGUCUCUACAGGUGAUAGUGAUAGAAGCUCCAAACCUCGUCAGUUUUAAUUUUCAUGAUUCCCACCAGGUACAGAUAUCAUUUGGAGUAGCAUUACAAUUGAAGAAGCUCGGCAUGUCCCAUCCUGGUGCUGUAUGUUAUGCUCGUGCUGAUCUCCCAUUGAGCUUGCCAAAUGUUGAAGAUCUUUCCCUGAGUUCAUGUAGUGAGAUGGUCGAUACACCAAUGCUGCCUAGCAAAUUCUUACACCUCAAGUACUUGAGUGUCAGUCUUUGUACAGUGACAUUUUCGCCUGCCUAUGACUAUUGUUCUCUCAUAUCCUUCUUUGAUGCUUCUCCUUCCUUGGAGACUUUCUUCUUGAAUGUGUUGCAGAAAGACAUGAAGCAUGAGUCAAUCGUGGGAGACCAUUCAAAUUUGAGGCAGGUACCAGGACACCGCCAUGAUAACCUGAAGACAGUGAAGAUCAUUGGUUUCUCCUCGGCGAAGAGCUUGGUUGAGCUGACAUGCCAUAUCAUUGAGAACGUGACGUCACUCGAAUGCCUUACAUUGGAUACCACACGAGGACAUCCUUGGGCCAGCUGCUCAUCCAACAGUACUGGCAAGUGCUUGCUGUUGCACUUGGAUUUUUUGGCGGAAGCUGGCAAGGGGCUCUCGGCUAUCAGGAGCUAUGUUGAGCCAAAGGUUCCCUCCAGAGUCAAGCUAAAUGUCGUGGAGCCUUGCCGCCGAUGCCAUGACCUCGAGCCGACGCCAUGA